AUGCUUGCGCCGUCCGCCAACGCCCCCGCCACGCCGCUGAUGCUGGCGCUCUACACCCUCUCGGUUGCACUGGUGCUGCUGUUCAGCACCCCCGUGGGCGACACCGCGGUGCGGCAGAUGCUCCCACUGCAGCAGUUCCAGCGCCCGCGCUCCCCGUCGAUCAUGACGGAGGCGCUGGGCGGAGUGCCCGACGCGGCCGCAAGCAGCGAGCCUGGCAAUUACGGGGUGGGGAAGGGCAGGAGAACCGCGCCCGGCGGCGGGCGGCAUAAAAAAAUGAUGGAAGAGGAGAAUGCGGCAGCGAUAGCAGAGGCGAAGCGGUUUGUGUGGCGGCAGCGCGUCCGUGCGAUGCGGCAUGCGGACUACAUGCGCAUCGAGACGCUGCACUUUUUAAAGCUGCUAUCGAUGUCCAUCCCGCGUCUGCGCCUCGUGUGGCGGGGCGAAGACUACUGCGCAUGGGAGGGCGUCACCUGCACGGCGCUGCGCUACCCGCUAGAGACGCUUAUUGACGUGCCGCACGUUCUCGCUAAGCAGCGCAAGCGCGGCAGCGGCGCCACGGCGGAUGGGACGCUCACGCGAGGCACCGACGGUGCCCGCCUUUUAGGCAACGUGGAGGACGACCCCGUCGUCACACUGGUGGGGGUGCGGCUGCGGGGGAUGAAUCUAUUCGGUGUUCUGCAGGGGCUGCGACCGGUCGGCGCCUCGAGCAUCGCCUCUCCGCUGCUGUCCCCCGCGGCGGCGACCGCCAUGAUGAACACGGAGUACCGCCGGGCGCGGCGCGAGCGGGACAGGCGGCGGCUCGCGAUUACGUCCCCGCGUGAGCCGCAGUACUGGCCGUGGGAGGCGGAGGACAUGCGGCUGUACGCCGGCAUGCAGAACAGCACGUGCGAGAUGGUGCGGUACACCCUCCGCCGCAUCCUGCGUCGCCUGGAGCUGCGCGGGGAGCGGACGAACCACCCGGAUUUGCAGGGGUUUGCCCCCACCGCGGAGGAGCUCGCCCCCGCACGGGAGGCGGCCGGCGGGAGCUCUUCGCCUCCGCACCAAACAGCCUCGCCGACGACGGCGGCGUCGGCCCCCUCAGCGUCGUCGCCAGCGAGGUCUCAGUUAGUGGUGGCGGGCGCCAGCGACGUCGCACGGAUGCUCCACGACACGCUCCUGCCGCAGCUGACCCGCCAGGACAUCGCACAGACGGUGUUUGGCGAGAUUGAGCCGAGGUUGGUGGGGAUCCAGCGCUUUGACAUCUCGCACAACCCCGGCAUCGUCGUGGCGGAGACGCUGCACUGGUCCUUUCCAUACAUGCGGACAUUUGACACCUUCGGUACGACGCCGCAGGCGCGCGGUAGCAGCAGAGUGCGGCAUUGA